AUGCGUGGCGAGGUCUGCCAAUUGCACAUCGGCCAGGCUGGCAUUCAGCUGGGCAACAGCGCUUGGGAACUGUACCUGCUCGAGCACGGACUGAAGGCUGACGGCCAGGUCGACCCGGACAACUCUGACGAGAUCAGCAAGGGUGGCUCGUUUGAGACCUUCUUCACUGAGACAGGCAAUGGAAAAUACGUGCCUCGCUCGAUCUUCGUUGACCUGGAUCCUUCGCCUAUCGAUGAGAUCCGCACUGGUACCUACCGCCAGCUGUUCCACCCUGACCAGUUGAUCAGUGGUAAAGAAGACGCUGCCAACAACUAUGCCCGUGGUCACUACACCGUUGGCAAGGAGCUCGUUGAUGAGGUCAUGGACCGCAUUCGCCAUAUGGCAGACAACUGCUCUUCCCUGCAGGGCUUUCUGAUCUUCCACUCCUUCGGCGGCGGUACUGGCUCUGGCUUCGGCGCUCUGUUGCUGGAGCAUCUCUCCAGCCAGUAUGGCAAGAAGGCCAAGCUCGAGUUCGCGGUCUACCCGUCUCCCCGCGUGUCUACGGCAGUUGUUGAGCCCUACAACGCCGUUCUGUCCACCCAUAGCACUAUUGAACAUUCUGAUUGCACUUUCCUCGUUGACAAUGAGGCCGUCUACGACAUCUGCCGCCGCAACCUGGACAUUCCGCGCCCCGGAUACGAGCAUCUCAACCGUCUAAUCGCCCAGGUCGUCAGCUCCAUCACUACCAGCUUGCGCUUCGACGGUGCUCUCAACGUCGACCUGACCGAAUUCCAGACCAACCUGGUGCCUUACCCGCGUAUCCACUACCCGCUGAUCUCGUACGCCCCGGUUAUAUCCAGCAACCGUAGCACUCACGAGAGCUUCAAGGCUUCGAGCCCAACAACCAGAUGGUUGUUUGCGACCCCCCGCAACGGCAAGUACAUGGCUGUCGCCCUUCUGUACCGCGGCGACGUUGUGCCCCAGGACUGCACGCAGGCCGUUGCUGCGCUCAAGGCCAAGUCAUCCUUCAACUUAGUUGAGUGGUGCCCCACCGGUUUCAAGCUGGGUAUCAACUACCAGAAGCCCACGCGUGUCCCUAACAGCGAGCUUGCCCCCGUCGACCGCUCCGUGAGCAUGCUUUCCAACACCACCGCCAUCGCUGACGCCUGGGGCCGCCUCGACCACAAGUUUGAUCUCAUGUACUCCAAGCGCGCCUUCGUGCAUUGGUACGUUGGCGAGGGCAUGGAGGAGGGUGAGUUCUCCGAGGCUCGUGAGGAUCUGGCCGCUCUGGAGAAGGACUACGAAGAGGUCGCUGGUGAUGUCGUGGAGUCACAGGACGAGGAGCACUAA